GACCCCGCGCCCCGAGGAGCCCGCCGGCCGAGAGGUGAGCGCUACUCGGGUGGGGAGAGGCUGCCCGACGGAUUUCUGGAGGUUUUGUUAGCAGUCCCGCAGCGGGCGGUGGAAUUGUGCCCUCUGUUGACUGGCGGCGGGCCGGGGUUGCAGGAAGAACAGGGGACGGCGGGCUGCGCGCUGCGCUCAGCAGCGGCGUGUCCAGCCGGCUGGGAGGCCUGGCUGGGGCUGCUGGCACCCGCGCCUCCGAGCGACGGAGGCUGGAGGCUGCAAGAAGCUUUUAGCCUCGUUGCAGCGCUCGGCUGGCAGGGGUUUAGCUUUGGCUUCUUCGGUGAGGGGGCAGAGGUGGAGUGCAACUCUGCCACAUCUCAGAACGGAACGCUGGUUUCCCCAAGACCAGCAUCUUCCAUAUUAUAUGCUGGGGAAUUAUGUGCUGCACUGUUUGCAGCUGUUUUUUCUUUUUUUUUUUUUCUUCUGGGAACUCAGUAAUUACAUGUUUAAAGGCGGUAGUAGGGUGGCCGUGCAGUGAAGCACAAUGUAAGCCAAUACAGCUUCUAGAGUCUUAAUGUGCUUUGAGUUGUUAGCUUCUGUGGCUGCUGAGCUGCUUCACUGCUCUGCUUUUCAUAGUCAGGGUUGUUCUGUUUUUGCCUUGAUUGAUGUUCGAUGUAAGUGGCACAAACAGUAGUUUCCACUUUUGAAGGGGAAAAUGUGCCCGUAGAAUAGAACAGAGCAUUGAAUUCACAGUUCCAGUGAAUGCUUCUGUAAACUCAGUACUUUUUGUUACCUAAAGCUGGAAAUAACCACUUCAAGGGUCUGUGCCAGUAGUGAUUAAUCAUCUGAUAAGUCUUUAUUUGGGUAAAAAAACUCGUUGACUCAAUGACUCUACUUACGUAACUUAGGAAUUCAGUACUCUGGCCAUCUCUGAGCGAAGCAGAGCUGUGCUUAUUAAACAGGCUAAUAUGUUCAUAUGUCAUUCCUCAAUCCUAUGUUUAAAUGUAUGGAUCAUUUAUGUGAGUGGCGUGUAUGAAAGUAUAUUGGUUAGGGAUAGAUGAGAAGCAGCUGUUAGGAAGCUUUCUCUUGUUUCUGGUCACCCUAUACUUGGCAUGACAUGUAUCAAGGUCUUGAUAUAUACCUUUGACUUGGUAUUUGCCCCUAAAUAAGUAAUCCUCGCUCCUGGUGUGACCAACUGAAUUCUACAUGUUAGGUAUGCAAACCUUUAUUUUGUUUGAUAGAAAUUUGGCUUUGUGAGCAGAGCGGGAUUCUACAUGGACAACGUGUAGUCUCUCCAUAUAAAAAUAAUAGCUCAUGGUGUUACUACAGUUCACAGGAGGGAUGUGUGAAUGUGGUCCCUGCAUCUGGCUGCAGCUGGCCACAGAGUUACCGUGCUCAGAAUGAGUAUUUCAGACUACAGAUACUUUGAGGUUAUAGGGUGGUUUGUUUUUUUUUGUUGUUCUUCCUGCUGUAGCCCAUCAGGCCAGAGGUACUGAAGAAAGGGAUGCAGGGUAGUAAACACUGCUUGUCCCACUAUGGAAAAAUAUUGGGGUUUUUGAGCCAAGUGGAAAUGCUUUUUCAGCGAUGUUGACUUACCGCUGAGUAAUAGUGGCACCGCAGCUUGCACCCCCACACACUGCAUGAGCACCUCUGCAGUGCUAUUCUGCUCACAAAACAGAAGGAGCCUUGAGAAGAGUAACACAGGUCUGUCCCUGAGUGCUUGAUCUGCCACUAAUACCUCCUUUACCAUCUCCAGCCAAUAUUUUGUCUAGGAACAUGGCUGGCCAACACAUCCUUCCUCAGGCUUUGUAUCAGAGCAAUAUGCUGAAAGCGGUGAAGAUUAGAGAGAGGACACCUGAAGAUCUGGUCAAACCCCCCAGUGGAAUAAUUCACCACUUCAGGACUAUGCACAGAUACACUAUAGAAAUGUUCAGAAUGUGCCAGUUUUGCCCUCAAUUCCGAGAAACGCUUCAGAAGGCCCUGACUGACCAAGCCACCCAGGCUUCGCUGGAGCGCCAGAGGAAGCUGAACUGGUGCAUGGAGGUCAGGAGACUUGUGCCUUUGAAAACUAAUGGUGAUGGAAAUUGCCUCAUGCAUGCUGCAUCGCAGUACAUGUGGGGUAUUGAAGAUGUUGACCUCGUCUUAAGGAAGACAUUGUUUAGUGCUCUCAGGGAGAUUGACACACGGAACUUCAAGCUGCGCUGGCAGCGGGAGGCUAUUAAAUCCCAGGAGUUUGUGCAAACGGGACUCCACUUUGACACCCGGAACUGGGAGGAGGAGUGGGAAUACCUCAUUGAAAUGACCUCCCCAGAAACAUCUGGGGCUCGAAACAGACUUCCUUAUAAUGCACUGGAAGAAAUCCACAUCUUCGUUCUUGCCAACAUCCUCAGAAGACCAAUCGUUGUCCUUGCAGAUAAAGUUGUGAGAAGUUUAGAAUCAGGCUCCAGUUUUGCUCCUCUGAAUGUUGGUGGUGUUUACCUGCCACUCCUUUGGCCAGGUGAAGAAUGCUACAGAUAUCCAAUUGUGCUCGGCUACGACAAUAUGCAUUUUACACCACUUGUGACCCUGAAGGAUAGCGGGCCAGAAAUCCGGGCUGUCCCUCUGGUUACCAGCGAACGAGGCAGAUUCGAGGAUUUGAGCGUGCACUUUCUGACAGACGCAGAGGAGAGGGAGAAAGAGCAGCUGUUGAAAGACUACUUGAUAGUCAUAGAAAUUCCAGUGCAAGGCUGGGAUCAUGGCACAACUCAUUUGAUUAAUGCUGCAAAGUUGGAUGAAGGCAACCUGCCCAAAGAAAUAAAUCUUGUGGAAGAUUACUUUCAACUGGUGCAGCAUGAGUACAAGAAAUGGCAGGAGCACGCUGAACCUGCCAGAAAAGAGGCCUGCUCCAGGAACAAACAGGACCUGUCUUUUUCCCAGCUCUCCCUCUUACAGGUGAAAUGUGAAACUCCAAACUGCCCUUUCUAUAUGUCUGUGAACACCCAGCCCUACUGCCACGAGUGCUUUGAGCGGAGGUCGCAGGGAAGCAAAGGAAGAAAGCAGGUCUCUGAAGCAGCAACCGAGAAACUGAAGGCAGCUGGGUCAGGCUCCUCCUGUGGUAAAGCUUGUGAACCUGGGGGGUGGAUGUCCGAGGAGGCUGUAACAGGGCCUCGCUCUGCACCCCCAACUGCUCCCAGCCUUUUCCUCUAUAGUGAAACCACUGCCAUGAAAUGCCGGACCCCAGACUGCCCCUUCACCCUAAACGUGCAACACAACGGACUUUGUGAACGCUGCUACAAUGCCAGACAGCUUGCUCCUUAUAACAAUUUGGAUGACCAGAGAUGUUUGGACUAUGCCACGUGUAAGGUCUGCCUUCAGAAGGCCAAUAGGACAUUUAAUGGCAUAUGCAGCACUUGUUUCAAAAGGACUACAGAGCGCUCCUCGAAUGGCAGCCCUGGUUUUGUACCCACGUGCCAUCAGAGGUCUACAUCUGACCCAUCCCAGAUCCCACAGAGCCUCCUUCAGCAUUCCUGCCAGCAAGCUCCCAACAACAACUGCAAUGAGCCGCCGUUAGCUCAUGCCCCACGCGCUUUGGAGGAGAAGAAGGGAAGUAAGCUCUGCAGGAAGCCUGGCUGCAAGUUUUUUGGAACAGCUCAGAAUGAGGGCUUUUGCACGUUGUGCUUCUUUGAAUACAGGGAAAACCAUGACAGUGCUUCACUACGCCAUCAGAGGAGAUCUCAGAGGAAUUCCUCAACAGCUGGUCAACAGGGGAGCUCAGCUGCCACCUUCCACAAUACCAUGUCUUGCCAGCAGCAGAACUGUGGCACCCUGGGUAGCACCAUGCUGGAGGGCUACUGCCAGAACUGUUUCAUUAAAGCCCAGAGCCAGCGAUUUCAAGAAGCCAGAAGGACAGAAGAACAACUAGUGAGACAGCCUGAAAGAACAGGACAGCGCAGAGAUCUACAGCGAGCAGCACUGACUAGCCAGAAGAGGCAAUGUGCCGUGGCUUCAUGUCGAAACAACUUGGCCUGCAGAAGCAGUGAGCUGUGCCAGCAGUGCCAGCGCCUUGGCCAGUUUGCACAGCUGGGGGGUCCCAGGGAGCCAGCCGCAGAUGAGCCCCCGAAGCAACGCUGUCGAGCCCCUGCUUGUGAUCACUAUGGUAAUAACAAGUGCAAUGGUUAUUGCAAUGAAUGCUACCAGUUCAAACAGAUCUACGGCUAGCAGAGAGGAAGAGUUGGUAAAGAAGAAGAAAGCGAUACCAGCUCCUUCCUUAACUGAAAUGGUGCUAUGUCCAAAACACUUAUCAGUCCUGGGAGCAGGGGCUGGGGUGGAAAUGUAAGCUGCCUGCCCUUGUUCCUGUUUAUUCCCAAGAAUGGGAAUAAGUAUGUACUUCCUCUAAACACUGCAUACAAGAACUGCUAAGGAGGGCCGGUUGCUUUCUGCACAGAGCUGUCUUUCAUGAAUAAGCUCCUGUCAUGCUGUAUUUAAUUCUUGGACUUUCCAGUUGGAAGUUUGAAGCAUUUCAUUCCAAAGAGCUUCCUGGUUCUGCCUCUUUCUCAGUACCUCCCCUGCACCCACACAAGGAGGACUCACAGCUACUCUCGUCAGUGUGGGAAAUCUGCAUUGAUGAAUGUUGGUCAGAGGCGAGUCUUUGCUGAGAGAGAUCCUCCAGGACAGGCUGAUGCAACUUGAAGUCAAAACAGAGUGAGGUUGUCUGAAGAAACUUGCUUUGGUUUGCUCACUUCCUUGCUUCUGUUUUUGUGGAGCUCAGCAAGGCUGGAGCUUGUGCAGGCAUUUGGGGUGAUAUCAGUGAACGGUUCUGGGUUUGCAGAGCCCUUGGCAAACUGCAAUCUUAAACGAGACAAGCAGUGGUCAGCAUUUAGAUCCUUUCCCAAAAUCAAAGAUAGCUGGAAAGACAAUGUGAUUACAGAAGCAACUUUUACACAUAUGUGAUGGAAAGUCUGAAUCCUGCAGUUCCCCUCACAUAUGGAAGGAAUUGUCUCCAAUAGAAGAAAAAAACAGGCAGAAAAGCCUUUUGUCUUAGGCUCCCGUUUUGAAGCCAAAGCAACUUUCUUCUCUUCCACUGUAACUGCCAGAAAUACACAUGCUGCUGUUCACACCCCCAUUCCCUAUUUCUCUCUCACUUUUUUUCUGUUACCCUCAAUGUGUUUCUGACAUUGUGCUAACAGCUUGGAGCUUGGCAGUGGGGUGCCUUAGGAUCAAGACUUCACUCUUGGAGUUCAUGCAUUUACUUCUCAAUCUGCAGCACUUCAGCAAAUUUACCUUUACUGUUGUGCCUGAUACCCUCUUUUCUCCUUUCAUACUUCUUAAGUUUUCAGUAUCUGUUUUGCUGCUGCUGUUUUGGAGGUGAUACCUUUUCUAAUUUCCUUGUCCAGCUUAGAAUCUUUUUUUUCUAGAUAUUAAAAAAAAAAAAGUUUUUUAAAAAAGAAACAAAGUUAAAAUAACUCAACUUAUUUCUGUUAAAUUUUAUAUAUUUUUAAUGUUAAUGUGAACAUAUGUUUUAUUAAAAUAUUUAUAUUAUUUCAAACAAUGCAACUUGAAAUUUGCACAUCUAGGAUUUUUUUUUUACGUAUAUUUACCCUUGUGUUGAAAUUUGCAAACUUAAAUGUAUGAUUGAAAAACAUUCUCAGAUAUAAAGAAAUAAAUUAUUGAAGGAUUGAAUUUGGUAUUUUAUAUUGAUGAGAGGGAGCACAGUUGAGCACGUAGCACCCACUGCAAAAGGAUUUCUGUCCGGGAUGACCACUGAGUGCAUCACUGAUGUCUCCUGUUUCAGGUUGCGUAGCCAAGCAUUUUCAGAAGGCAGUAGCUUGUUGUGCAUUUCUGCGUAGUCUCUCAGUACCUCAGUGUUCUCUCAGGAAGAGCUCUUGGUACCUUGUGGGACACCGUGCAGUCUGUGUAUAUCAGGACUUAACUCCUGUGUGUACUCGAUCUUCUGUUCCCAGAGCUGAGUGUGGCCAAGAAAGGAUGGGGCUGGACCAGGCCGCAGGGGAAGCUAAGCCAGGCAGACUUGACUUUGCUUUCUUCAUCCAUCUACCAGUUACCCCAAGGAUUCCCAGCUGGCUUGAGUGCCACUUUGGGAAGUGGUGAUGGUCAUGAGAGCUCCCCAUGUGAGCAGGAGCAAAGGCCCAGUCCAGCACUACCGCCUUUCACCAGGAGCAGCAGGGAGGGCCUUUGCCUUUCUGGUUUUGGUGUCUGGCUUGCUCUGUAGCUCCUGAAAAGCAAAUUGCUAAUUGCUCAGCUGAAUACUACCUGAAAGGGGUGUUUUCUUCUCAUCGCAAGUUCAUCCAAGCCUAGCAAUGCUUCCAGGGGCUUUCUGAGCUGUAACGCUCCGUCAGGAUGCCUGCACUGGUGCUCCAGUAUUUCAGGCCUCUGCCUACUCAGGCAGUGCUGCAUGCCACCCUGAAAUCUAGGUACUGCCCAAAGUCUGAAGGGAAAAGUAGAAGGCACUGCAAGUCUCCCUGUGUGCUCUGACAGAGGACCCUCUCCUAAGAGGUGAUCCUGCCCACCCCGUGUCCUGGCUGGCUGCACUCUGCCCUAGUAGACCCUUUCAUUCUUCAUUCAGGAGCAUGCUUCAGUGCCUUCGCAGUUGAAACCACAUAGAUGCUAUAUUCUCAAGUAUGUUUGUGAUAGCUCAGCUAGUGUUUAUAAUUCUCAAAGCUCACUCACGUUCCUGAGUUUCUGCCAACCUUCCCCAUACAGAGUUUAGCCCACCUCCCUUUGGACCUGUGUGCAGCAUCCUUUCAAAGCAGGCAGCUUGAAGCUUCUCUGCUCCCUAAGGGCAGAGCCUCUCAGGUCUACCAACCCAAUCUCUACAGUGUAUCUUCAGAUUCUGACAGGGGAGCUGGGAGGAGGAGAUUGGUUAGCUGUGGUUGCCAUUGACUUCAGCCUCUGCACAGAAGAAGGGUUUCAGCUGAAAUGCCUGAAUCCCCUUGAUUUUCUGUGCUGCUUUCCGGGCCUAUUACUCGUAACUUUGAAGUCACAUGUGGCUCGUCUCGUUCUGAAGCUCAUAUGUAAAUGAAUGCCCAGCCUGUCUCUUGUGACUGACUCGUGUGGGAACUUUAAAGAUAUUAGUGCCUUUUUUUUUUUUUUUUUUUUAAUACUUUGGUAUUUCCCUAAUGCCCUGAGGGGAUUUUGACCCUCUGAUGCUUUCUGUUGUCUGCCCAGCUCCUCAAGUUCAAGUAUUUUUUUCCUUCCUGUUCUGAAAGAGAGAACUUUCAUUUGGAUUCUCCCUUUUUGAGACCACUUACAGAAAGAAGCCUCUUUGCUGAGGCGCAAGUGUUUCCUAGAUUCUUUUCUGAGUGGAAAUUCCUUAUAACAUGGUACAAGAAUGGAUUGUUUUGCAGGCUGUGCUUACAUAUUCAUUUUAUUUAGGGAUACUUGUAGAUAGUCUCAGUAAUUCUUCCUGACGGAGAAGAUAGAUGAUCUAAAUGUUAUCUGUUAGGCAAAUCAUGGGCCUUUGGAGCAGGAGUAGUGUACCAGCAAAACAGCUAGCGGCCUGUGAUCUGAAGAGUGACAGGCCAGCUGAGGCCCUGUUCUGACCACAGAUCUGCAUGAAAAUGUUGCACCAUGCAAAGUGGUGGCAUAUCCAAACUUCCCAUUGGGAAUGGCCCUGAGCUAAGCACCAGCCCAGUUCACAAGAACACAAACCAGUGAGUUGAAGUGGUCUUAGGACUCAGCAUCCAUAGCUUGGGUCAGCAUCCCUAAGAUAUAUUUUUGCUCAAAUGCUUUGGUUGUAAAUUAGAAAUGCAUUGCUUAAAGCAAAUUCUUGGGAGUUGCUGUCAUUUCUUCUGGGAGCAAGAAAUGGCAAGCGCUCAACAGAAUUGACAUCCACCUCUUUUUUCCUAUAGUAGUAGUUUCCAAGGUUUUUGGAUUAUGGAUCAGCGUACAUUGGUACAUUUUCAGUGCCUAAAAUAAAGCAUUUGUAACAA